GGCCCAGCUUCUCGACUCUUCUGCGCCUGUGCAACCCGAACGUUCGCGAAAAUUCCUGAAGCGGCACCGGCGGCUACCGGAAACCAGCGCCGUCCUCUGCUGUAGUGCUGGCGAUUGGCGUGGUGAUUUUCUCUUAGUUCCGGCGGUGUGAGUUUCACCUGGGAGACUGAAUGGCGCUUCUGUGUUACAACCGCGGCUGCGGCCAGCGUUUCGACCCGGAGACUAAUGCGGACGAUGCUUGCACGUACCACCCAGGUGUACCUGUAUUUCAUGAUGCCCUGAAGGGUUGGUCCUGCUGUAAGAGAAGAACGACUGAUUUUUCUGACUUCUUAAGCAUUGUAGGAUGUACGAAAGGUAGGCAUAACAGUGAGAAGCCACCUGAACCAGUCAAGCCUGAAGUCAAGACUACAGAGAAGAAAGAGCUGUCUGAAUUGAAACCCAAAUUUCAAGAACACAUUAUUCAAGCCCCUAAACCAGUAGAAGCAAUAAAAAGGCCAAGCCCAGAUGAGCCAAUGACAAACUUGGAAUUAAAAAUAUCUGCUUCACUAAAACAAGCACUUGAUAAACUUAAACUGUCAUCAGGGAAUGAAGAAGAUAAGAAAGAAGAAGACAGUGAUGAAAUUAAGAUUGGGACUUCUUGUAAAAAUGGAGGGUGUUCAAAGACAUACCAGGGUCUACAGAGUCUAGACGAAGUCUGUGUGUAUCAUUCUGGAGUACCUAUUUUCCAUGAGGGGAUGAAAUAUUGGAGCUGUUGUAGAAGAAAAACCUCAGAUUUUAAUACAUUCUUAGCCCAGGAGGGCUGUACAACAGGGAAACAUGUGUGGACUAAAAAAGAUGCGGGGAAGAAAGUUGUUCCAUGUAGACAUGACUGGCAUCAGACUGGGGGUGAAGUUACCAUCUCAGUGUAUGCUAAGAAUUCACUGCCAGAGCUCAGCCAGGUGGAGGCAAACAGUACAGUGUUAAAUGUUCACAUUGUAUUUGAAGGAGAGAAAGAAUUUCAUCAAAAUGUGAAACUGUGGGGUGUGAUUGAUGUUAAACGGAGUUAUGUAACUAUGACUGCAACCAAGAUUGAGAUCACUAUGAGAAAGGCGGAGCCCAUGCAGUGGGCUAGUCUUGAACUGCCCACAACCAAGAAGCAGGAGAAACAAAAAGAAGAAAAUGCAGAUUGAUUGGAAGAGAAGCAGAAAACUCUUGUCUGAUUUAGAGUUCUCAAUGUGUGUGGUGAAGUAGUAGCUUGCUGCUGUAACCUUUUUGUUGUUUUUAAUCUGCCAUUUUAGGGUUAUCAUGAGUUUCCUUAAAGCCAAAGUCUCUUGAUUUUUUUUUUUUGUGCCUCUAUCUUUCUUUUGAGUUCCAUAAUAAGACUUCAAGUCUCCUCAAUAGUAAAAACAUAGUUGUUACCCCACACACAAAGGGAGGAAAAAAACUCAUAAGCAUAAUUGUAGUAUUUCUUAGUAAAAAUUAUUAUAAGCAGAGAAAUAAAAGGAUUUUUUUUUUAUCCUUAUAUCGCCGUUACCCUUAGAACGGUAGAAAGAUGUAAUUUAAAAAGUUUAAUUGGCCUUUUCAUGAACUUUGUUACUGUAAUUCUUGAAAAUCUUUAAGAAAGGAGUUCUUUGUUUCCCCUAUGAGGCGGUUACUUCGGUAGUGUAACCCUGAAGCAGUGUAGUCACUGUCUCUGUGUACUGCUCACAGAAUUUGUUUACGGUUCCUUUAAUUUCAGAAAGUUACACUGAUAUCUAUAGUUCUUGUCAAGCAGUAUAAUUUAAGACUAUAGGAAAUAAAAUUAAGUUUAUAGAAACAUCAAUUUGGUUAAAAUUCAUCAUUUCAUAAGAGUAAGCAAUAAUGUUUUGAAAAUCUUUUUAAUUAUUUAAGGGUGUUUUUAUGAUGUUUUGACUAAAUUUUAUUAAAUUUAUAGUCUAAAUCUCUUAGAGAUCAUUUCUAUCUCCCAGAUGAAAACUGUGUCUGUAAAAUUGUGACUGUAGCUUUGUUGAGAUGUGUUAAGGUGUGUGUGAGGCUUGAGUCUGAACGCCUCUGAGAGCUUGUUUUGAGUCCCCAGUUUACAGCUCUGUUUUGAAGGCGUGGAACUUUUGGGAUGUUGGGCCUGGUUGGGUUCUCAGAGUGAGCCUUUAAUGAUUAUACACCCCUGCUGUCAUGGCAUGGAGCCACCUCUGUUGCACUCAGUGCUGCCUCCCCAGCCAUUGUAAACUGUAUCCUCUGAAACUGUGAGCCAAAAUAAACCUUUGCUCCUUUGA